UAAAAGCUGGCGGGUGUAUCCAACAUGUGGUAUUUGUGACGUCUAUACCGUGUAUCGAAGUUUGUUUGAUCUGCUAGUGACUGAAUGAAGCAAGCUAACAAUUUCGGUCGUUUUCGAAUGGUACAUUUUGGAGGUUUUGAGGAAGACCCACUAGAAGGCGCUAUGAAGCUCGGCAGACAGCUGAUUUCAAUUGAGUGUGUGCUUCCUAGUUUUUUGGUGGAAAGUUGAAAGGUCGUGAAUAAACGGUCUGCGGCUUCUGGCUGUGCAUAGUAGACUUUUUUAUGUUGCUACAAAGCUGCAAAAAUGGAUUUAACAAUAGAAAGUAAAGCUGGGUAUGUGCUUUCUAACGUAGCCGAGGUUGUUGAGAGAAUUCUCACAUUCGUACCGACCAAGUCACUGUUUCACACCGCCAGUGUUUGCGCAUUGUGGCGGGAGUGUGCCCGCAGAGUACUCAGAAAACAGCAGAAAGUGACCUGGAUUUCUGCUUCAGGGUCCAGUGGCGGCACUGGCCACGUCCUCCCCCGGACUCUGGUUGAAGAAGUGGAGAAUGUGUAUUUGCUUCCCAAGACAGUGCUGAUUAUGGCAGAUGUUGAUGCUUUUAACCAGCAAGAUAAUCAUUUUCUUAAAAAAAAAGUGAAAAAAUCAUCUAGCUCAGGAAAAACAGAUGAGCUUAGGAAACUGUUUCCCAUAGGAUGUGACAUCUUGGGCAUUGCAGUACCUGGGAUUGUCUUAACUCCGAUGGGAUCACACAGUAACCUGCCUCAGGAAUUUGAAGAGGGAGAAGCAGGUUUUGCCGUCAUGUUUCCCAAUAUUGAUGGAAUAAGUAUCCGCUCCUUCCACUUCUGUAAAAGGAAUUUCUCCAGCACGUCUCUUGAAGAAGCAGGUCUUGUGAACAAUCCCAAUCUGCGGGUGGUUCUUUUGUUUGGAUACGAGGCGUUUAAGUCGGGCGCUGCACGAUUCCUUAACCAAGUCAUUGAGCCGCUGUCCAAAGCUAACAUCCUCCUUGCAGGUGGACAUAUUGAGAGUGUGACUUCCCCAGAGCCAGAGUGCUGCAACCCGGGUUCCUACGGGGUUGUGGGUCUGGCGUUGAGUGGCUCCAAGAUCCAGAGCGCUUCGGUUCUCCUCAAGCAGGACGUGAACAGUGAUAAGACUGCAGAAGCAGCUUUGCAGCGCCUGAAAUCCGCCAACAUCCCCCAGCACAACACCCUGGGCUUCAUGUUCGCCUGUGUGGGCCGUGGCAAACACCACUACAAUUCGAAGAACGUGGAAGCAGACACCUUUCGGAAAAUCUUCCCAAGCAUUCCUUUGUUUGGCUUCUUCGGGAAUGGGGAGAUCGGAUGUGACAAGAUUGUCACUGAUGGUUACACCCUGACUGACGCGGAAAACCUGCAGCACGGCUAUUCCACCGUUGUGGCACUUGUUCAUUUGGGAUGAAGCAGCGGGAGCAGGUUUUGUAGGGUUGUUGAGCGGACGGCAGAGCAGUAUUAGGUGAAGGGGAGAGUUGAGUCACUCCAGGUUUUUUUUUUUUCUUUUCCAUUUACUAGCAAGCGUACCAGCAGUAUGCACUUUUUCCAAAAAUCUGGUUUGUAACAAAAGAUUUACUAUUCUGAUGCGUUUCACAUCAUUUAGGAAAUCUUUAUAACACGUGUGAAAAUGAAGUCAAUGCACUGUACGUUUUCAUAGGCUUUCUGGGGUGUUAAAGUUUGAUGGGGAAAUGCAUGGACUGCUCCAGACAAUUAAGGGACAUUCAUAGAUUUGUAUAUCAGGUGUUAUAAACCCCACAAAUCCUGUAUUGAAAUUAUGACUACAUUAACCCUCUAGUCAUAUAAAUGCUAAAUGGGUAAUUAAUGAGGUGUCAGAUGGUGGUAAUAUAGGCAUAUCAGACAUUCCAGUCUAUACUAUUGUCCACUCUCCAUAUGUAAAUAUCACCACAUAUACCAAUAAUCCUGGCAUUGAUUAUGCUUACUGGAAAUAUUGUUUCUGAAUUGUUUUGAGCAGUGUAUACAUGACUGGACUGUAAUUAAAUGUACUGUAAUUGACUUGGCUAUGUACCAUACCUGUCUGUAUGGUAAAAUGUAAUUUUCCUAGUGCUGGAGAACUUUACGAAAAAAAGAAAAUCCAUGUUUGUAUGGAUUGCUAACCAGUUUCUGCUUAAAUGUAUUAUUAUUAUUUUUCAUUUUGUUUUCUGGAGUUUUUUCAUGUUAAACGGGGGCCAGGCAGUACUCUCCUGGUAAUGUGCAGCACACAUAUCGCUGGCUGCCAGCAGGUUCACACAUUUAAGUGCUUGAAUGCUGACGCGGUUUGUAGGAGGAUUAAGUGUGUUCUGACAGUGUCUAUAACACUGUUAUAGUGUCAUCACAUGCGUGGUUUUUAUGUGGAGGGACAAGCCCAAGUGCUGUUUCUAGUUGUAUUUACAAAUAAAGCAAGGAGUCUUAUACAUGCUUUGCGUAAAUGUUGAUUAUACGCAAUUGGAACUUGUUAAAUUUGUUACACGAAAAGGUAACGUUUGCUUUUUAUCUUAAUGUAAUUGGUCAAUAAUAUGUAAACCAAAUAUUACUAGUGGUGUGCGCAGUUAAAAUUCUCUUCUUUUGUGCAUCCAGUCCAGCCAUUAUAUUAAAACACAAUGUUCUAUAAUCCA